AUGGAUAAGCCAGAAAAAAUCGAAAAAGUAAAAAAAAAAUUAUCAAAAGAGGAAUUAUUAGCUAAAUAUCGGGCAACCUUAAUGGUUCUGCAAAUGAAAAUAUUCACGGGAACAGUAAUUAGUUUAAAAAAUGCCAAAACUGCGACAGUCGAACUAAUUUUUAAUAAAUUACAUCCAAAAUAUCACAAACCAAUCAAAAGCAAAAAAAAAGUUCAGGCUCAUAAUGAGGAAUAUGAACUAGAAUUAGGAGACAAAGUAGUAAUUAAAAGCAGUCGUCCUUACUCAACCACUAAAAGAUUUUUGUCAAUUUUAUCCGUGGCUGACAAUUCCGGAGCCAAAAAAAUAUUAGUAAUUCGCUGUUUGGGUGGUUCUAAUCGGCGGUAUAGCCGAGUUGGAGACCUAGUAAAAGCAACAGUGAAAAAAGCUGACCCGCACGCCAAUAUCAAAAAAAGUCAAAUAGUGACAGCGUUCAGUAAGAAUUAUGCCGUGUUAGUGAAAGAAGAUGGCAAAGAACCAGUUGGAACCCGCAUAUUUGUCCCUUUAUUAGCCGAAUUUGACCAAUGA